UUAAAAUUGUCAAUAGUAGAGCAAAGUGUAAUAGAAAGAAUUCAUGCAAAAGAAGUAGUAAACUAUUAGAAUCAGAUUAUAAAAUCAGUAGCAUUAGUAAUAAAUUGGUUGAAAAAAGAGAAAAUAGAUUGAUUAGUAGGAAAAUUGGAUCAACUUUACAAAUUAGAAACAAUUUAUCAAAUAUCUCUAGUAAAAGUAUGGUCAGAGUAUUUGCUAAAA